AUGCUCUCUUGCCCGCACUACCACUCCUCCUUCCACCUCCACCGCAAUCCCCCCGCCGCCGUUACCGUCACCACCGCCGCCUUCUCCAUCUCCGCCUCUCUCCCACGCCGCCAGAAUGUCCAAUUCUCCAACGAUUCCUCCCCGGCGGCGACCAACACCAACUCUCCUCCCCCUCCGCCACAGCCAAAGGACCCAAUUCUCCGCACACACAACGCCAAAACCGCUUCCCUCCUCUCCCGCCACCUACAUCACGAUCCCUCUCCUCCUGCAGCUCCCCAGCUCCCCGAAUUCCAGCAACAGGUCUUCCCUCCCGAGGAGCAAGUGAAGCGUCAAGAGCUCUCCCUCCUCGCCACCAGGCGAGCUCCCAGGUUCCCCGGCUCCAUUUCCUUCGACUCUCCCACCUCCUCCGCCGCCUCUCCUCUUCAAACCCUGUUCGUCAAGGACGCAGGAUCGGCCGAAGACGAGGACGAUGGUGGUGGCGUGGACGACGAGACGAUAAUCAAGGCCGUCGAGAUCCGCAGGAAAGUCACUGCCGAGAUUUUCCAGCAGGCGAUGAAGAGGGGAAAAUUUGGGUUGACGUAUGCCUCCAAUUUGGCUUCCAAAUUGGGGGAUUUCCUCGAUUUCGUUAUGAUCGAGGCCGCGGAGAUGAAGAAGCUGCGGCAGUUCGAAGGUUCCAGCUUCAAUCUUCGAGCGAAGAUCGUCAUUGAAGAACUGGAAGUUGUGUCACUUAUCAGGUGGUUGAAGCACAAUGAGCUGUCCUACCCCAAGAUAGCUAAGCUCAUAAACAUGGCGAGAGGCCGGCUCGACACUGUCAGGCGGCUUGCUGUCUGGCUGAAGAUGAUUCACGUGAAAGGCGAGUUUCUGGGGCCUGUGCUGACCAAAGCAGGGGGGAAUAUUUUGGAAAGAAGCAUUGAGGAAUUGGAUGAAAUCGUCGGGUACUUGGAGCGCAAUGGAGUGAGGAGAGAUUGGAUGGGGUAUGUAAUGAGUCGAUCUCCGCCAUUGUUGUCUUACACAAUGGAAGAAGUGAAGGCCCGAGUUCGGUUUUUCUUGGACAUGGGUAUGAAUGAGAAGGAUUUUGGGACAAUGGUGUUUGAAUAUCCUAGGGUCCUUGGUUAUUACAGUCUUGAGGAGAUGAACCAGAAGGUUGGUUAUCUGAAGGAGUUUGGGAUCAGUGAUCAAGAUGUUGGAAAACUCCUAGCAUUUAGACCACAGUUGAUGGGUUGUAGCAUUGAGGAGACAUGGAAACCUCUUGUUAAGUACUUUUACUAUCUUGGAAUUUCCAGAGAUGGUAUGAGGAGAAUGCUUAUGAUCAAACCGAUGAUUUUCUGUGUCGAUGUCGAGAAGACCAUAGUGCCAAAGGUACGGUUUUUUCAAGACAUCGGGAUUCAGGAUGAUGGGAUCGGAAAUAUGCUCGUCAAGUUCCCUCCAUUGCUUACCUACAGCCUGCACAAGAAGAUCCGGGCAGUGGUAAUAUUCCUGAUGACAAGAGGUGGGGUUAGCGAGAGGGACAUCGCCAAGGUUAUAGCUUCAGGGCCCGAGCUCUUAGGGUGUAGCAUAGUGCAUAAGCUCGACAUCAAUGUCAAGUAUUUCUUCUCCCUUGGUAUACGCCCUCAUUUGCUGGGGGAGAUGGUUGCAGACUUCCCCGUGUUGCUGCGGUACAAUGUGGAAGUCCUCCGUCCAAAGUAUCGGUACUUGAGGCGGACUAUGGUUGGCAGCUUGCAAGAUGUAAUCGAGUUCCCAAGGUUCUUCAGCUACUCACUUGAGGAUCGGAUAAUGCCGCGGCAUAAGGUAUUGGUGGAGAAGCAGAUAAACAUGAAACUGAGGUACAUGCUAGCAUGCAGCGACGAGGAGUUUGAGAGGAAGGUGGAGGCUAUUCUGGAGAAGAGACGAAGUUUAGAAGCCGGUCGACUAGAUCAGAAAGAUGAGCAUAUAGGCUCCCUCCAAUUAUCAUGA